AUGGAAGCUGAUGGAACAGCUUUCAAACCCCCGAUGAGAAAAUCAAAUAAUAUUUAUUUUCUUUUUUUCGAAUCAGUAUUGGUAAACAUGGAUUCACAAAAUCCCAUCUCCAAUAAUGAAGAUGGUAGAACAGAACAAAACAUUGAGAUGCUAGAUCUCAAUACAAACAACAACAACAACAAUAAUCAUCAACAUCAACAUUUAGAUACAAUUCCAGAAAAUGGUCAACCACAUCCACCAAGAGUAUCACGUACUGGAUCAUUACAAGAAUUACCAUUCAUUUCAAAUGAUGUUGCCGAUUCAACCAAAACCUUUUCUGGUUUCCCAUCUAGCAAGACCACCGAAGGAGACCCAUCAUCUUCACAAGAAGAUCCACGUUCAGUGACUACUGGUGGUAGUUAUGAUUACCGAAAGUCAUGGCGUACUCCUCUUCGUCAACAACUAUUCAAUGCUCCAACCGCCGAAGAUCAAGCUCGUGUCGCCAAGGAAAAACAAGAAAACUUUAGAAAAACUCUUGAAAGAAAGGCCGAUUAUAAACCAAUUGAAAAUAUCUUAUCUGAAUUACAAGCUUCCGAUAAAGGUUUAACUACUGCUGAAGUUGAAGAAAGAAAAAAACAAUACGGAGAAAAUAAGAUACCAGAUGUAAAGAGAUAUCCAAUUUUAGAAUUUCUUUCAUUUAUGUGGAAUCCAUUAUCAUGGACAAUGGAGAUUGCAGCUCUUGUAUCCAUUAUUCUUUUGGAUUGGGUAGAUUUUAUUUUAAUUUGUGCUCUAUUGUUUCUCAAUGCAUCGAUUGGUUACUAUGAAGAACAUACUGCUGGUAAUGCAGUAGAAGCUCUCAAGAACUCUUUAAUUAGUCAAGCUCGUGUAUUACGUGACGGUGAAUGGAAAGCUGUUGCAUCGACCGACCUCGUUCCAGGUGAUAUCACUAUGAUCAAAAUUGGUGCCAUCAUUCCUGCCGAUCUCCGUGUCAUCAAAUGUGAAUCUGUAAAGAUUGAUCAAUCUUCGCUGACUGGUGAAUCGCUACCAGUCUCUAAAAAGGAAGGUGAUGAAAUCUUUUCUGGAUCGGCAAUGAAGCAAGGUGAAGCUACUUGUAUUGUUACUGCUACCGGUGUCAAAACUUUCUUUGGUCGUUCUGCUAGUCUACUCCAAGAGACUGGUAAUACUGGUCAUCUUCAAAUCGUCCUACGUAACAUUGGGUUCUUUUGUAUCACUUUUAUCGUCAUUUGGGUAUUCAUCGAGAUUAUGGUGCAGUUUGUCGGUCGCAAGGCUUACUGUGUCGGUGUCGGUGAAGGUAACUGUACCACACUCAACAAUGCUCUCGUACUCCUCGUCGGAGGUAUCCCCAUCGCCAUGCCAACUGUCCUCUCUGUGACCAUGGCCAUCGGUGCCACGCAACUCUCUAAAAAGGAAGCUAUCGUCUCGCGUCUCACUGCCAUUGAAGAACUGGCGGCCAUGGACAUUCUCUGCUCGGACAAGACGGGUACCCUCACGCUCAACAUCCUCACGGUCGACGUUCCCAUCUGCUUUGACGGGUCGACGCCUGAAAACGUCAUGUUUGACGCGUAUCUGGCGUGUUCCGAAGGCGACGACCGCGACGCUAUCGAUAUUGCCACGUCCAAGUACUGCGAGACCACCUACCCCGGCCUCCCCUACAGCGCCUACAAGAUUGUCAAGCAUUACCCAUUCAACCCCGAAGACAAAAAGGCUAUGGGUCUCGUCCAAUGCCCAGACGGAAAGCAAGUCAUGACUGCCAAGGGUGCUCCACAAAUCAUCCUCAACUCUUCAUGCAACAAGGAUCGUGUCGGAAAGGAAGUAGAACGUCAAAUUGAAGAUCUUGCCGACCACGGUUACCGUGCCAUUGGUGUUGCUCGUGCCGAAGAUUACCCCGACUUUAAGGAAUGGAAGUUUACCGGUCUCAUCCCACUCUUUGAUCCACCACGUCACGAUACCGAAGAAACCAUCAAGCGUGCCCUCGAUAUGGGUGUCCGUGUCAAGAUGAUCACUGGUGACCAGCUCGCCAUCGCCAAGGAAACCGCCCGUCGUCUCGGCAUGGGUGGUAACUUUUUCACCAUCCCCUAUCUCAAAAAGAACGACCUCGGUAUGAAGGGCAACGAACUCAUUGAAAUGGCCGACGGUUUUGCUGAAAUGUGGCCAGAACACAAGUACAAGGUUGUCAAGUCUCUGCAAAAGCGCAAGCAUGUCGUCGGUAUGACUGGUGACGGUGUCAACGAUGCUCCAGCCCUCAAAAAGGCCAACAUUGGUAUUGCCGUCGCCGGUGCCACCGAUGCUGCUCGUUCCGUCUCUGAUAUCGUCCUCACCUCUGCCGGUCUCUCUGUCAUUAUCGACUCGAUCAUCACCUCUCGUAAGAUCUUCCAAAGAAUGAGAAACUAUGUCAUCUAUUCUGUUUCUGCCACUGUCCGUAUUUGUGUUACCUUUGGUAUUCUUACCGUCGCUUGGAACUUCCUCUUCCCAACCAUCGCCACUGUCAUUAUUGCCAUCCUCAACGACGGUACCAUGUUGACGAUUGCCAAGGAUCGUGUCAUUCCCCGUAACGAACCAGACAGUUGGAACCUCUUUGAAGUCUUUGUCAUGGCCAUCGCCUAUGGUCUCUACCUCGUCGCAUCCACCAUUGUCUUCUUUUCCAUCCUCCAUGACGGCACCUGGUUUGAACGUACCUUUGAUCUGCGUCACCUCAACGACAAUGAAUUGCGUGGUCUCAUCUAUCUCCAAGUGUCCAUCUCUGGAUUGGCCACCAUCUUUGUCUCGCGUUCCCAAGGUUUCUCCUACUUUGAACGUCCAGGUCUCCUCAUGUCUAUGGCCUUUGUCCUCUCCCAAAUCAUCGCCACCUUUAUCGGUGUCUAUGGUCUCCGUGGCUAUCCACACAAUGGUGAAACCGACCUCCAAGGUUGUGGUUGGGGUUACGCCCUCGUUGCCUGGAUUUGGUGUCUACUCUGGUACAUUCCUAUGGACUUUAUCAAGUUUGGUAUCACCUAUAUUCUCCGUGGUCAUCUCCCACCUCUCAUCAAUCUCCCAUCAAACAUCAAAAAGAGAGAGGAAAAGGAAGCUCGUGCUCGUGAGGUUGCUCGCAAGGAAGAAGAUAUCCUUAAAGCCAAACAACAUGCUGCUGCCGCUCAAAAACAAAAAGAAGAAAAAGAAAGAUUAGAAAGUAUUCAAGAAGAAGAAGAAACUAAAGUAGUAGAAGUAGAUUCUCCAUCUGCUAUUAAUGUUCCAUCAAUUAAAACUACUCAAGUAAAUUAA